AUGUAGCACUGCGCUCUCUCUCUCUCUCUGCUUUUCUUUGUCGAAGUAUGUAACAGAAAACGGCACGAGGCGGAUUAUUUGAAGAAGUCAGUGGGAUUGCAUUAAAUGGAAGCGUUAAAGAACCAAGCACCAGUUAUUUCUGUCAACUACCAUUAUCGGUGGAUUGUUUUUGCUUUUUGAGUUUUUACCAUGUCUUUCUCUAUAUGAACUCAAUCCACCUCCACCUCCACCUCCACCUCCACCAUCCCUGUCACCAUAGUUUUGCAGGCAGUCAUAAUGAAUAAGUUUGCAGUUAAGGUAGAGGAGGGAAGGGAAGGCCGAGAUGGGCUGCCAUCAGUUGGUCCAGUAUAUCGCAAUCCUCUGGCUGAACAUGGGUUUCCACCAGUUGAUCCUGAUUUAAGUACAGCUUGGGAUAUUUUCAGGGUAUCAGUUGAAAAGUAUCCUGCAAAUAGGAUGCUUGGAUGGCGUGAAUUUAUCAAUGGGAAGUGGGGGCCUUAUGUCUGGAAAACAUACAGUGAUGUUUAUGAGGAAGUUUUGGAUAUUGGUUCUGCAUUACGGGCAUCUGGUAUUGAACCUGGCUCUCGAGUUGGGAUCUAUGGCACAAACUGCCCUCAAUGGAUUGUAGCAAUGGAGGCUUGCAGUGCCCACAGUUUAGUCUGUGUGCCUCUUUAUGACACCCUUGGGCCAGGGGCUGUAGAUUUUAUAAUGGGCCAUGCGGAGAUUAAUAUCGUUUUCGUCCAAGAUAAGAAAGUGAAAGAAUUAUUGAAUCCUGACUGUACACAUACUCAAAGGCUGAAAUCGAUUGUUUCCUUCACUUCGAUGACAAAGGAAGAGAAGGAUAAGGCAGCAUCCAUUGGAAUAAAACCAUAUUCAUGGAAUGAGUUUCUCCAUAGGGGUAAAGAAUUCCCAUCAGAGCUUUUGCCGCCACAUCCAUUCAGCAUAGGUACCAUAAUGUAUACUAGCGGCACCAGUGGAGAACCAAAAGGUGUUAUACUAACUCAUGAAACCAUUGCAAUGUGCGUAAGAGGUGUUGAUCUCUUCAUGGCACAAUUCGAAGACAAGAUGACAGUGGAUGAUGUUUAUAUAUCGUUCCUGCCCCUUGCUCAUAUUCUUGACCGCAUGAUUGAAGAAUAUUUUUUCCAUAAGGGUGCUUCCGUUGGCUACUAUCAUGGGGAUAUAAAUGCACUAAAGGAUGAUUUGAUGGAAUUGAAGCCAACUUUUUUGGCUGCAGUACCCCGAGUAUUAGAGAGAAUACAUGAAGGGGUCAUUAAAGCUCUAGAAGAACUAAAUCCAGUGAGGAGGAUGUUUUUUGGGAUUCUUUACCAACAUAAACUCAACAGGAUGAAGCGAGGUUAUAAGCAGAAAAAUGCGUCACUUUUGGCUGAUCUGCUGGCUUUCAGAAAGGUGAAAGCUAGACUAGGGGGUCGGAUUCGUCUAAUUGUGUCUGGAGGUGCACAAUUAAGCACUGAGGUGGAAGAAUUCUUGCGAGUUACUUCAUGUGCUUUCGUAGUGCAAGGCUAUGGUUUGACAGAGACAUGUGGUUUGACGACUCUUGGCUUUCCAGACGAAAUGUGUAUGCUCGGAACUGUUGGUUCUGCAUUUGUAUAUACCGAGGUACGUCUGGAGGAGGUUCCAGAAAUGGGAUAUAAUCCACUUGAAGAUCCUCCACGCGGUGAGAUAUGUGUGAGAGGGAAAACCGGUUUUUCAGGUUACUACAAGAAUCCAGAAUUGACAAGGGAAACUGUUAAAGAUGGGUGGUUUCAUACAGGUGACAUUGGGGAGAUGCUACCAAAUGGAGUUUUAAAAAUUAUUGAUAGGAAGAAAAAUCUGAUUAAGCUAUCACAUGGAGAGUAUGUUGCAGUUGAAUAUCUGGAAAAGGUUUACGUAAUCACCCCCACGGUUGAAGAUAUCUGGGUCUAUGGGAACGGCUUCAAGUCAAUGUUGGUUGCAGUAGUUGUACCUCAUGAAGAGAAUGCCAAAAGAUGGGCAUACCAAAAUGGCUACAGUGGUUCAUUCUCUGAACUAUGUGCCCUUAACCAGCUACGAGAUCAUAUUCUCCUUGAGAUGAAGUCGACAGCAGAGAGAAACAAGCUGAGGGGUUUUGAGUUUAUCAAAGGCAUCAUUUUAGAAGCUCAGCCCCUUGAAGCAGAAAAGGAUUUGGUUACACCGACUUUAAAAAAGAGACGAGAUAAACUGCUUAAACGCUAUAAGGUGGAAAUUGAUGAACUUUAUGAAAAAUUAACCGGAUCAAGACGCUAAGUACUUACAUUGUUGAAAGCGCUGGUCCCAUGACUGAAGCAGUGUGGUGUUUAUCCUAUGAGUGAUAUAGGUUUCUCUAAUGCAAGAAAGUAUGCCUAUUCCCUUAUUUUGUUAGUUAUGAAACCUCGGCCCUGCUUAAGCUGCAGCGCGUCUGUAAUCCAUCAUUAACAUUUAAACGUUUGCGCAAUGCAUUUUCUGUCGCACUGCUUGGCUUUAGUGAAUUCAUUGUAUCUUUGACAAAAAUUCUCUCUUUCACUUUACAACUUUCCGAGGGCAAAUUUCCCUCACGGUACUUAAAUUCUGCAUAUGGGUGCUUAAAUUUCCAAGGUCUGUGUCGAGAGUUCUGACAUGAACUAAUAUCACUUGAUUGAGUAUUGUCUUUCCUGGAAAUCACUCAUCUGAGGUUGCCUCGGAAACAAACAAUUGCAACACGCUCAAGGCCUG